AUGGCUUCGAGACUCGAUAGAUUAGUCACUAUCCUCGAGACGGGGAGUACGAGACUGAUCCGUGACACCGCUGUAAAUCAGCUUGCUGAUUGGCAAAAACAACACCCUGACGAAUUGUUUAACCUUCUCUCCCGUGUUGUGCCCUAUCUAAGACACAAAGAUUGGGAGACAAGAAGAACCUCUGCAUCUGCUAUCGGUAAGAUUGCAGAGUAUGCACCGAUUUAUGAUCCGAAUUCUGAAGAUGCCCCUUCGGAGCCGAAGAAGGAGGAGCCUGUACCAGAAAAUGGACAUAUCAAGAAGGAAGAGGAUGAUGACACCAAAACGAUACCGUCAGAUGAUGGCUUCUUUAAGCUGGAGUCCCUGAAUGUUGAGAUGAUUCUUCAAUACGGAAAGGAACUCCUACGAGGUGGUGGUAUUGAGUAUGGGCUAGCAGCGCUUGACCCGCAAGCGCGACUUACACACCAGAAAAAGACGCUCAAUGGACGAUUAGGUUUGCUCGGAAGGAAGUACGAGGAUGAGGAGAUUGCCUACACAGCUGGUGACAACCAUGGCGCGCCACCGACUCCAAUGGAGACCACAAACGGUCAUGGAAACAAUCGCACUGAUGGAGCUGGUACACACACCCACGCACCCGAGGAAUCACAGUUGAGUUCGAGACAACUUAAUGUGUUAAAACGAAAACGCAAAAGAGAGGCAAUGAAAGCAUCUCAGGGCAAGGGUGGAUUCGGAGAUCUUUCUGUCAGACGUUCAAUGACAUCAGGGUCCGAAAACAUUGGAGACGACGCCACGGCACCCGACGGGGAAGCCAAAAAGAACAGCAAAGUAAACGAAUAUUUUAAUCUUGAGCGACCUGCCGACGUUGACGAGGACACUAAAGUUGUGAGUGAGUUCAAAGGACCCGUCAUCCCCAUCAAAUCCGAAUUGGAAGCCGAGGAGACGAUGGAGGGCGCUGAGUGGCCAUACGAACGACUAUGCGAUUUUCUUAAGAUUGACCUUUUCGACUCUUCCUGGGAAACCCGACACGGAGCUGCCAUGGGCCUGCGCGAAGUCAUUCGAGUUCAUGGUGGUGGUGCCGGUAGAUUGCCCAAUAAAUCCCGGGAAGAGAACGACGCUCUCAAUCGGAAAUGGCUUGACGAUAUGGCCUGCCGUUUGUGCUGUGUUCUUAUGCUUGAUCGCUUCACAGAUUAUAGUUCCGACACCUCUGUGGCUCCAAUCCGAGAAACGAUUGGCCAGUCCCUUGGAUCUGUCCUGAAGCACCUACCUUCACCAUCGGUUUACAGCACCUUCAAGAUCCUCUACAGAAUGGUGAUGCAGGAAGAUCUCAAGCUCGAUCGCCCAGUUUGGUCUGUAUGCCAUGGAGGCAUGAUUGGCUUGAGAUAUGUCGUUGCUGUCAGGAAAGACCUCCUUCUCCAGGAUAGCGAUAUGAUUGACGGUAUUAUCAAGACCGUGAUGAAGGGCUUGGGCGACAUGGACGAUGAUGUUCGUUCCGUUAGUGCCGCUACGUUAAUUCCUAUGGCCAAGGAGUUUGUCACAUUACGACCUGCACAGCUUGAGGGACUUGUCAAUAUCAUAUGGGAGAGUCUCUCGAAUCUUGGAGAUGACCUUAGUGCCAGUACUGGACGCAUCAUGGAUCUUCUUGCUACCCUCUGUGGUUUCCCUGAGGUGCUUGAAGCAAUGAAGGCAUCGGCCGCUCAAGAUGAGGAACGAUCUUUCACACUCCUCGUUCCUAGACUCUACCCCUUCCUGCGCCAUACCAUUACAUCGGUUCGCGUGGCUGUCUUGAAGGCGUUGUCCACCUUUGCCAAACUUGACGCAGAGACUUCGCAGGGCUGGCUCAAUGGUAGAAUACUGCGCUUGAUAUUCCAGAACAUCCUUGUCGAAAGAGACAGAGAUGCCCUCAACAUGUCUCUCGACUUGUGGAAGUCUUUGGUUGAAAGUCUCGCGAUCAAGCCCGCAGUACUAGCAGAUGAGUUUGCCGCUCAUAUCGAUCCUAUGAUGCAGCUGACUCUGCACCCGAUUGGAGUUUCGAGGAACCCGAUCCCCAUGAAUGCCUCUCUUUUCCAAAAACCAUCAGGCGGCAUGUAUGCAAUGCCUGGAGUCAUCCAACACACGCCUCGCAAACCAUCGUCACCUGAUGGCUCUGACCGUGCCCCGAAGCGCCGCCGGAAGUCCACCAAGGUUGACGACACUCCUACAACUAGCCUCACCCACGAUGUUGAUGGCCAUAUGAUGCAAGGCGACGUGGAUCUAGUCGGCAUGGAUAUUUUAAUCCGUUCUCGCGUUUCAGCAGCCAAAGCAAUGGGUUUCAUCAUGUCUCAAGUCCCUGUCACCAACCUUGAUGAUUACGAUGCAUUGUUGAUUCCUGGUCUAGGAUCGGCAUUCUCCUCUAGCCAGAUGACGGCAUGCGUAAUCAUUGACGAGUACGCCAUGAACAGUCAAAACCUAAACGACACUCCUCGCUAUCUGGAGAAUCUUCAGCGUAUCAUCGACUCAGAACGACCAGCCGCCUAUCGCGAUCUCGUAAACUUUAUCCAGCGAGUUAGAACACAGUGUCAACAGCUAAUCCACCUCUUCCGAGACCAUGGUAAAGUGUCACAUAGCAAACUUCCAACGUUGCCCGUUGUGGUACAAGGAGAAGCCGAGGCUGGUCCGAAUGCUUUUUCGAUUGCGACUGCGGAGAAAUGUAUAGGCGAUGAUUACGAAAAGCUUAAGAAGGCAAUGCCACCUGGUCAACGUCUAAUCGCGAGCCAACAGCUAUCCGAUGCCCGCGAUAUGACCAUCUUGGCCAUUGAAGAAGCUAAGAUAAUCAAGGCGGCCCGCGAUAUCCGCGUCAAGGCAGCAGCGGCAUGUGCCAUUGUUGGUAUGAGAGUGCUUCCGAAGAAGCCAAGCCCACUGAUCAAGGGUAUCAUGGACUCUGUCAAAACAGAAGAGAACCAGCUGCUUCAAACCCGGUCAGCCGAUACUAUCGCAAGGCUUGUGCAGUUGUUCACCGAGAAGGGCCGGAAGGGACCAGCCGACAAAGUGGUGUCCAAUCUUGUCAAGUUCUCUUGUGUCGAAGUCGCAGAAACUCCUGAAUUCCCUGUCCAUGCCAGCAAGACUGAUUGCGUGCUCUCUAUGCAGAAGGAGGAAGAUCGUAUUGAUCAUCCAGAUGCUGCCAAAUGGGCACGUGAAGCUAAGGCUGCCCGCAUUACCAGAAGAGGCGCAAAAGAGGCACUCGAGAUUCUUUCCAGAACCUAUGGUGCUAAGCUGCUCGAAACCGUACCCAGCCUCCGAACAUUUAUGGAAGAGCCUCUUGUCAGAGCGUUCUCUGACACCUUGCCCGGAGAAGCUAAAGAUCCCGAGCAAAGCUUUGGGCAGGAGAUUGUUGAUGCCAUGUCCGUCAUCCGCACAAUGGCCCCGACACUUGAUAAGGCACUACAACCUUUCAUCAUGCAAAUGAUGCCUCUAGUUAUCAAGGCUCUUCACUCGGAACUCUCAGUUUUCCGGUAUAUGGCUGCUAAAUGUUUGGCCACAAUCUGCAGUGUUAUGACAGUUGAAGGUAUGACUGCGCUUGUUGAGAGGGUUCUUCCAUCGAUCAACAAUCCCGUUGAUCUCACCUUCCGACAGGGUGCAAUCGAGGCGAUUUAUCACCUCAUCGCUGUGAUGGGUGAUUCUAUCCUUCCAUAUGUCAUCUUCCUGAUUGUCCCGGUCCUGGGACGAAUGAGCGACUCCGACAACGAAAUCCGACUGAUCGCAACUACAUCUUUUGCUACACUAGUCAAGCUUGUUCCUCUCGAAGCAGGAAUUCCGGAUCCACCUGGCUUGUCCGAGGAGCUGUUGAAGGGAAGAGAUCGCGAGAGAACAUUCAUUGCCCAGUUGCUGGACCCCAAGAAGGUGGAACAGUUCCAAAUUCCUGUCGCCAUCAAGGCCGAGCUACGAUCGUACCAACAGGAAGGUGUUAACUGGCUCAAUUUCCUCAACAAGUAUCACCUUCAUGGUAUCCUUUGUGACGAUAUGGGCUUGGGCAAGACUUUGCAGACGCUUUGCAUCGUGGCAAGCGAUCACCAUCAGCGCGCUGAAGAGUUCGCCAAGACACAGGCACCAGACGUACGAAAAAUGCCGUCUCUCAUUGUUUGUCCACCAACUCUUUCAGGACAUUGGCAGCAAGAAAUCAAGACGUAUGCGCCGUUCUUGAGUGUGACUGCAUAUGUCGGACCUCCAGUGGAGAGGAAGGCCUUGAAAGACAGACUCGGCGAGACAGAUAUCGUAAUUACCUCUUACGAUGUUUGCCGUAAUGAUUCUGAGAUCCUCGACAAACAUAGUUGGAACUACGUCGUGUUAGACGAAGGUCAUCUGAUCAAGAACCCCAAGGCCAAGAUUACACAGGCAGUCAAGAGGCUGGCCAGUAAUCAUCGUCUUAUCCUUACGGGCACCCCCAUCCAGAACAACGUUUUGGAACUAUGGUCUCUGUUUGACUUUUUGAUGCCUGGCUUCUUAGGUGCCGAGAGAGUCUUUUUGGACCGCUUUGCAAAGCCUAUUGCUGCAAGUCGAUUUAGCAAGGCAUCAUCCAAAGAACAGGAAGCAGGAGCCCUGGCGAUCGAGGCACUUCACAAACAGGUGCUUCCGUUCUUGCUCCGUCGUCUCAAGGAAGAAGUCUUGGACGAUCUUCCACCUAAGAUCUUGCAGAACUACUAUUGCGAUCUGAGCGACCUACAACAGAAACUCUUUGAGGAUUUCACGAAGAAACAGGGCAAGAAGAUCCAAGCGGAAGCGGGCCGGGAAGACAAAGAAGCCAAACAACACAUCUUCCAAGCGCUACAGUACAUGCGAAAGCUCUGCAAUUCGCCUGCGAUGGUGAUGAAACCGGGUAGCAGUCUCUACGAUGAUACGCAGAAAAUUCUUGCCAAGCGAGGAACGUCGAUCGAAGAUCCGCAGCACGCGCCGAAGCUUACUGCUCUACGAGACUUACUAGUUGACUGUGGUAUCGGUGUUGAAGGCACUGAUUCAAACGAUCCUCUUUACCAACCCAUUAAACCUCAUCGCGCGCUCAUCUUCUGUCAAAUGAAGGAGAUGCUUGACAUGGUGCAAAACAAGGUUCUGAAGGAGUUAUUGCCUUCGGUUUCGCAUCUCCGACUUGAUGGAUCUGUGGAAGCCAACAAGAGACAAGACAUUGUCAACAAGUUCAACAGUGACCCGUCGUAUGACGUGCUCUUGUUGACGACAAGUGUUGGAGGUCUUGGAUUGAACUUGACAGGAGCUGACACGGUCAUCUUCGUGGAACACGAUUGGAACCCACAGAAAGAUCUCCAGGCUAUGGAUCGAGCCCAUCGUAUUGGUCAGAAGAAGGUGGUGAAUGUUUACCGACUAAUUACGCGCGGAACUCUCGAGGAGAAGAUUCUGAAUCUCCAGCGUUUCAAGAUAGAUGUCGCAUCUACUGUUGUAAACCAACAGAACGCCGGCCUCUCGACCAUGGACACAGAUCAGAUUUUGGAUCUUUUCAACGUUGGAGACGCCGCUCCUAACCUGUUGGCCGACAAGGAAAAGAAUACUAUCGAAGGAAGAGAAGAGGAUAUGGUUGAUAUUGAAACUGGCGAUGUGCGUGCGCCUGGAAAGAAGGCAUGGCUCGAUGAUUUGGGAGAGCUAUGGGAUAACAAGCAGUAUGAGGAGAGUUUCGAUCUGGACGACUUCAUGAAGACGAUGUCGUAA